AUGGCUCGCGGGGGGUUCAUCUUCGGAUCUCUGUUUGCAGUAUUCGGCGCGGUGUUCUGGCAACUUAUGCUGAGAGACCUUUUGUACGUCACGCUCGGUGUUGGCCGAGUAAUACAAAGCGUCGAUGAGUUUCCAUACAAAUGUCGAAAGAUUACAGACAAGAGGUUGUCAGGUUGUGAAGAUUUAUGGCUGGACGAUCAGCAGAGCAUCUUGUACGCUGCAUGUGCGAGCACCGAAGGUCGACUUGCAUGGAACGAAGCUGUGAUGAAGCUCAAUGUUUCUGCGAGAAGGAAAGGUGGUACUGAGGUCCUUGCUCUUUCAAUCGACAAGAGCUUGCCCGAUGGCUCUUUCUCCUACCGUGCACUCCAGCUCGACAACUUCCUCUCCCCAACGGGCGAUUCCUCAGUCGAUAUCCUAGGCUUCGAUGUCGAAAUCAUCGACAAACAUACGGUUCAUUUCUACCUCACUAACCAACGUCCACCGGUGGAUGCUCAGGGUAAACAUAUCGAUGCAACGAAGCUCGGUGCGAAUGCUACGAUUGAAGUUUUUGAGCACAGAAGAGGAGCCAAGAGUAUGAAGCAUUUGAGGACUGUGUGGGACCCUGAAACUAUGUAUACGCCAAACAACGUUGCUGCUGUGGGAAAUGGUGCGUUUGUGGUGACGAAUGAUCACUCGAAGUCUUUUGGGUUGCGCAAAAGUUUCGACAACUACAUUGGCGGCGGUGGUGUCACUUACUGUUCACCUACCUCGACAUGUUUUCCUAUCACGCCACCUCGAACCUUCAGAAUGCCGAAUGGACUAGCCCGCGGCGCAGAUGGACUCAUUUACGUUCCGUCCACCAUCACCGGCACUAUCUCCGUGUUUUCUCUCGCAUCAUCUGCUGAAUCCGCGAGUAUCCCUCCUGCAUUCACAUUGGUUGACACUAUUCAUGUCGGAAUGCCGCUUGAUAAUCUGGCACUGGAUGCGAGUGGCGAUCUGUGGAUUCCUGGGUUUCCUAACGGCGCACAGGUGAUGAAAUGGACAGAGGAUCCGGUGGGAAACAAGUCGCCAGCGACAGUAUGGAGAAUUAAAAAGGUGGAAGGUGUAUAUGAGUUGGAGAAGGUGCUUGAGGAUCGCGAAGCUGCGGUUCUUAAUGGUAUUACCACUGUGAGGCACGAUGCGAAGACUGGGAGGUUGUUCAUGGGAGCUGUCUUCAAUGAAUUCGUGGUAUGCGAUCCUAUCGCGUAA